UAUUGAAUAAAGAUGGGUGCUGCCCCUCAUCGCUCGUCUUCCCGGUCGUUAUCGUGGACCAGCUUCCAGUUUCCGUUCCCAUCGUCGUCAAGCCGCCCGAUUUGAGGGUACCAAACAAAGCUCACCCAACCCGUUCGACGACACACACACACACACAAAGAUCAGUUAAAACAAGGUUUUCACAAUGGGCGCGCAAGGACUCAUUAGUGUCGGCGUCCCACCGCAGCCCCUCUGGCUCCUCUACAUCAAGAUCGUCAUCCUGGUGCUCUCCCUCAUCGUCCUCGCUCUCUCCGGCUAUGCGCUGUCCAUCUCGGGUCCACAUCCUGCCGGCCAUCCUGGCGGUCUGAACAUCUUCAUCGCCAUCCUCAGCUUUAUCGUCUACGGCGGGGCCCUCUCCCUCGAGCUCUGGGCGGCGCAGUACUUCUACCGCAUCGGCGCCCUGCUGGGCUACAUCUUCACCAUCAUCUUCUGGCUCUCCGCCUGGGCCUGGUCCGCCAGCUGGGCGGCCAUCUUUCUGAGCGCCGGUGCCUACAGUGACGAGAUGGCCUUUGGCGGGGCGAUGGCUGGCGCUGCCGCGCUCGGUGCCAUUGUCUGGGUCCUCGCCAUCGUGCACCUCGCUUUCUUCAUCCGCGCCUGCGUCAUGGAUGCGACGGGUGCCGGCCACGCUGAGCUCGGCCAGAUGAAGGCCGGCGAGGUUCCGCCGCAGCAGUACCAGCAGCAGUACCAGCCGGUGCAGCAGCCCUACCCGGCGCAGCAGCAGCCGUAUGACGCGCAACAGUAUCAGUAUCCGGCUCAACAACCCUAUGGUCAGCAGCCGUAUCACACUCAGUAAUGGGAUGGCUGCUGUCGGGGAAUGAAACUGAACGUUGCAUUACCCAAAAGUUGCCCUCGUCAGCCCCCGACCGCCCCCAACACCCGGCGCCGCUUUUGCUCAGGUUCCGUCAGGGGCUGCUCAGGACCGCUCAGGAGAGGAUUCGGAAACGGCUUAGGACAAGGCGGUGCUUUGUAAGUCUGUGGAGUCCAACGGAAAUCUAGAUAGAAACUCUUCGCAAGGUGGUAGGGCGUUUAUUUUUUAUUUCCCUGGCCGGGUAGUCCAGGGCAAGGAGCUACCGAUAAAAGCUUAGUAGAUACCCCCUAUUUUACCCUCCUAAGUUUUGCUAUUGCCUGUUUAACCUUUAGUUUUAUAACUAUAACGUAUCUUAUAAGCGAG